CCCAUCAAAAGCUAAACCUCAAAAUUCACAAUUGAUUUUGAUAAUUCUCAAAUUCUUCGAUCCAAUUCUCUCCGCACAACCAUGGUUUACAUAACUUCCUGGGACGAGUUCGUCGAACGAUCCGUGCAGUUGUACAGAGCGGAUCCCCAAUCUACGAGGUACUGUAUGAAGUAUCGGCAUUGCGAUGGUAAAUUGGUUCUCAAGGUCACUGAUAACAAAGAGUGUCUCAAGUUUAAGACCGACCAAGCACAGGAUGCUAAGAAGAUGGAGAAACUGAACAACAUAUUCUUUGCUUUGAUGGCCCGGGGACCAGAUGUGAAUAUCUCAGAAAUUACCGGGAAAGAACAGAUGGAAGCUCAGCCAGCAAAGAAAGGAAGGGGAAGGAAACAGUGACUUUGUUAGCUUCUAUCCAAAUAGGACUUGGAAAACUUACAUGGUUUUGGGUGAUUUAAUGAAUUUUUGCAACGUCAAUACUAACUAUUAUUCCAUUGAAUAUUCUGAAUAUCGAAGAAAUUCAAGUGAAUUUCAGUGGAAUGCUGUUUCCUGUGUUCUGUUUUUCCAUUUUAGGUUAAAAUCUUAGCUAUGGACUUAUGAUACAUUUAUUUUGUUUAUCAUUUAUAAAAUGAUUAUAAUUU